ACAUGGCGGUGCAGCUGUGGUGCCUGUCAUUCCGGCAGCCGUACGCCGGCCUGGUUCUGGACGGCGUGAAGACGGUGGAGAGCCGCUGGCGGCCCCUUCUGGCCCCCCUAGAGAACCGGACCGUGGCGGUCCACGUCGCUCGUCAGGACUGGCAGGGGGAGGAGUGGAGGGCGGUCCUGAGCGGGGAGCUGAGGAUGAAUGCCGCCCAGAUCGGGGCGCUGCUGGACUCCGGGGAGAGGCUGGGCCGGGGUGUGGUGGCAGGAUUGGUGGAUGUGGGAGAGACCUGGCUGUGCCCCGCCUCCCUAGGGGAGGAGGAGCUUCAGGACCUGCAGCGAGCAGCCGUUCUGAUUGGUCUAGAAGGGAAACACCUGACUCGCCUGUCGAACCCUCGGUGGCUGCGGGAGCCGCUGAGCUGCCGGGGACAGCGCCACCUGUGGACGGUGGAAAUCCCUGCACACCUGUUACCAUGACGACAGGAGCGGACGGAGGCAGACAGGGCACACGCUGGCAAACCAGCAAGAAGCCCCUCCCACUUCUAAAGGGCUGUGAACUCAAACCAGAGACACAGGUGUGUCAGGACAGGUCCGACCCCUCAGAAACAGGUCACUGCUAAUGUAGGAUUUCUCUGUUCCUCAGGGUUAAAGGUCAGGGUGAGGGGCGGAGCAACCCCCCCCACCACCUUUGAGUCAAUAGUUAAAGAUUCAGAAACGAGGACAUUUUAAAAUGAAAUAAACUUUUAUAAACUUG